AUGGAGAGCUGUGAUCUGGACACAGAUAAUGUGACCCCACCCUCAGAAAAGCGUGAACUCCAGAGAAAGAGAUCCGACUCUCCAGAACCCAGCUGUGUCUCCAUGAAGAGCGACGCGUCUAUGGGUCUUCCUUUGCAGUUUAAAAAUAGAGACUCCUCACCUGUACACAGUGAACUCCAGAGAAAGAGAUCAGACUCCCCAGAACCCAGCUGUGUCUCCGUGAAGAGCGAUCGGUCUAUGGAUCGUCCUUUGAAGUUUAAAAAUAGAGACUCCUCAUCUGUACACAGGGGUAAAGAGUUAAAGGGACUAAAGUUCUUGUCUUUAACAGAAACUAUUUUUGUUCCCAGUGUUUUACAGAAGGCAGGAGACAGAAGAGAAAAGAUCUUCAUCACAGAUACAGGACACGCCCCAGAAUCUCCUGCUGUAAAGGAAUUCCAGAAAAAGUUCAGAUUAAAUCUGAAGAAGUUUCAGUGUUUAAAUGGAGUGGUGAUAAAGCAGGAAAACCGAGUGCUCCUGAAUGAGAUCUACACCGAGCUCUACAUCACAGAGGGAGACAGUGGAGACGUCAAUAAAGAACAUGAGGUGAGACGGAUCGAGGCAGCAUCCAGGAGAAAAACAGAGGAAACACCAAUCAAAUGCAGCGACAUCUUUAAGCCCUUAUCUGAAGAAGACGAACCCAUCAGAACUGUAGUGACAAAGGGCGUGGCUGGUAUCGGAAAAACAGUCUCUGUGCAGAAGUUCAUUGUGGACUGGGCUGAAGGGAAAGCAAAUCAGGACAUCCCCCUCAUAUUUCCACUUCCUUUCAGAGAGCUGAAUCUGAUGAAGGACCAAAAACUGAGUCUGAUGGAGUUCCUUCAUGUCUGUUUUAAGGAAACAAAAGAAACCGAAAUGUCCAGGUUGGAAAAGGUUCUGUUCAUUUUUGAUGGAUUGGACGAGUGUCGUUUCCCUCUGGAUUUCCGGAACACAGUGAGAGUGUGUGAUGUAACUGAAUCAGCAUCAGUGCGUGUGCUGCUGAUAAACCUGAUCAAAGGGGAUCUGCUUCCCUCUGCUCUCAUCUGGAUCACCUCCCGACCAGCAGCAGCUGAUCAAAUCCCCUCUGAGUACGUCCAUCGAGUCACAGAGGUACGAGGGUUCAGUGACCCCCAGAAGGAGGAGUACUUCAGGAAGAGGGUCAGUGAUCAGAGCCUGGCCGAGAACAUCAUCACACACCUGAAGUCAUUAAGAAGCCUCUACAUCAUGUGUCACAUCCCAGUCUUCUGCUGGAUUUCAGCUGCUGUUCUCGAGAGAAUGUUGGGUGAAGCAGAUAGUGGAGAGAUCCCCAAGACUCUGACUCAAAUGUACACACACUUCCUCAUCAUUCAGACAAACGUCAUCAGAGAAAAAUACUCAAAGAAGCAGGAGAGUGAUGAAGAAAUGCUGCUCAAACUGGGAAAACUGGCUUUUGAGCAGCUGGAGAAAGGCAACCUGAUCUUCUAUGAGGAAGACCUGCGAGGGUGUGGCAUUGAUGUGACAGAAGCAGCAGUGUACUCAGGUGUGUGUACGCAGAUCUUCAAAGAGGAGCCUGGGCUUCACCAGAGUACAGUGUACUGCUUUGUUCAUUUGAGCAUUCAGGAACACCUCGCAGCUCUGUAUGUGCAUCUGACCUUCAUGAAGGAAAAGAGAAAUGUUCUUGAUCAGGAUAAUUCCUGGACAAGAAAAAUGUAUAAAAAAAUAAGAAAUGUUCUUGAUCAGAGUCAGUCCUUUCAGACAAUUUCAGAUGUACACAGGAGUGCUGUAGAUCAGACCUUAAAAAGUCAGACUGGACAUCUGGAUCUGUUCCUCCGCUUUCUUCUGGGUCUCUCACUGGAGUCCAAUCAGAAACUCUUACAUGCCUUAGUAACACAGACAGGAAGUAGCUUCCAGAGCAAAAAGGAAGCAGUUCAGUACAUUAAGAAGAAGAUCAGUGAAGAUCUUCCUGCAGAAAAAUCCAUCAAUCUGUUCCACUGUCUGAAUGAACUGGGUGAUGAUUCUCUCGUGGAGGAAAUCCAACGCUACCUGAAAUCUGGGAAACAAAGUGAACUCUCUCCUUCACAGUGGUCUGCUCUGGCGUUUGUGUUACUGACUUCAGCACAGGAGCUGGAGGAGUUUGACCUGAGGAAAUAUACCAGUACAGAGAAGAUAACACAUGAGGUUCUUGUGAAGGUGAUGCCUGUGAUUGCAGCAUCCAGAAAAGCAGUGUUGUUGCGUUGUGGUGUCUCAGAUGAAGGCUGUGCUGCUCUGAGUUCAGCUCUGAGAUCAAACCCCUCACACCUGAGAGACCUGAAUCUGUUCUUUAAUAAACUCGGAGACUCAGGAGUGAAGCGUCUCUGUACUGUACUGGAGAAUCCUCACUGUAAACUGGAGACACUGAGGUUUUGGGGUUGUGGUGUCUCAGAUGAAGGCUGUGCUGCUCUGAGUUCAGCUCUGAGAUCAAACCCCUCACACCUGAGACACCUGAAUUUGUCCUCUAAUAAACUCGGAGACUCAGGAGUGAAGCGUCUCUGUGCUGUACUGGAGAAUCCUCACUGUAAACUGGAGACACUGAGGUUGUGUGAUUGUGGUGUCUCAGAUGAAGGCUGUGCUGCUCUGAGUUCAGCUCUGAGAUCAAACCCCUCACACCUGAGAGACCUGGAUCUGUCCCGUAAUAAACUCAGAGACUCAGGAGUGAAGCGUCUCUGUGCUGGACUGGAGAAUCCUCACUGUAAACUGGAGAAACUGAGGUUGUGUGAUUGUGGUGUCUCAGAUGAAGGCUGUGCUGCUCUCGCUUCAGCUCUGAGAUCAAACCCCUCACACCUGAGAGAACUGGAUCUGUCCGGAAAUGAAAUAAGCGACUCAGGAGAGAAUCUGCUCUCUGCUCUUAAGAAUGAUGAACAUUACAAACUACAGACACUGAGGUUGUAAUGAACAUCUGUGUGUGAGAUGAAGACUCUGGUGUUCCUGCAUUUCCAUGUUGGGGAACAGACAACACAUUCAUAAACACAUCAGUCAUUUAGUUCUAACAAAUGAAAGAGACUCGGAGACGUGGUCAGUGUGUGUUCAUGGUGCACAGUGAAUCAGACUGCACACAAUUCUACACUGAAUGUGGAACAACUUGUGAUCUGCAUGAAACUGCCUGGACCUCAGUCCCUUAAAAACCCUGA